AUGCCUUCUGAGAGCAAUAGUUCCACAGAGUCCAAUAAAACCUCUGAGUCUCUGUCAGAAAGUGUGCAGAACUACCCUGAAGAAUUUGGACGCACAUAUCACGCUUAUAGAGCAGGAUCAUAUGCUUUCCCGAACGACGUAUCAGAACGCGAACGACUUGUGCUACAAAGCGAACUUUUAUCAAGGCUCUUUGAUGGGAAACUGUUUUUCUCUCCUUUGAGUAGAACGAACCCGCCGCGUUAUAUCCUUGAUAUCGCCACGGGGCUAGGCGAUUGGGCUAUUCAAAUGGGUGAUUUGUUCCCUACAGCGGAGGUUAUUGCCACUGAUUUGUCGCCCAUUCAACCUGAAGAAGUCCCCCCCAAUGUCAACUUCUUUGUCGAAGACUCGUCUGAUCCCUGGGAUUACUCGCACAAGUUUGAUUUCAUUCACACCCGAGUAACCGGUGGAUGUUGGGCAUCAUUCGAAAAGCAAAUUGUUCAGCAGGCCUUUGAUGCUCUCGAACCUGGGGGGUACUUUGAAUCGCAGGAGGUUGACAGUACCCUGGGGUGUGACGAUGGUACCGUAAAUGCCGGCGGGGCGUUGGCACGAUGGCUGGAUGACAUCACGAGAGCUAGCAAUCAAUGCCAUCGUUCGUUGAUUACUGGUGCAAUAAUGAAGGAGGCUUACGAAAGAGUCGGUUUCGUCGACGUUCAAGAGAUGAUAUUUAAGGUCCCCACCAACGGCUGGGCAAAAGAUGCACAUUUGAGGGAAAUUGGAAAGAUGUGGGAGAGGAAUCUCCUAUCUGGGCUGAGCGGGUUCUCUCUGAGCUUAUUUCACAGAGUGUUUAAUAUGAGCCCAGAGGAAAUCGAGGUUUCCUUGGUCGACGUACGCCGAGAGAUAUCAGACCCCGGGGUGCAUGCUUGGAUGCCGGUGUAUGUUGUAUGGGGCAGAAAGCCUUAUCCAGGGGAAAAGGUUUGA